AAUUCAGUUGGACUAGGAAUAACGUUUGAGUUGAAAUUUCAUUUGAAAGCCGAAAUAAUGCGUCGUAAUAUUUAGGAAAGCUUUCAGUAUUAUAAAAUCUAAAUGUGAAUUGGUGGCGAUGAAAACGUUGAUAUACCCCGACAAAGCUAUCAUGUGACCAUAAGCUUACACCACCACGAGAGCUUUUACUCUAAGUCUUCUUGUAUAUUAUUCAACCCCGGACAGUGCCAAGUUGUAAACAUGCGCAUUCGCUAACACAUUCAGCUCCCGUUUUGCAAUUGUCCUACAACAGACUUAUCCACAUUUUCCUACCAGAAGUGUUAAUCUAAAAAAAUGAAAAAUAUAGAAUUAAAUUACUAUAACACAUACAAAUUAUGAUAGCAUGAUGUUGCAAUUAAAUGUGCUUGUAAAAAAACAAAUACUCACUAAAAUAGGAAAGUGUGGCCAUUUUCGGAAUUUGUUCAGUGCAAAAACAGAUUGCAAGUUAUAUAUUUAGGGGGAAAAAUCAAUUGAGUAUUUGCAAAUAUAUCAUUAACUCUAACCUUGUGCUGUAACUGAAGUUAAGUUUUAAAGUAGAUUCGACGUUUAAGUUUAAAGUUUUAUUACAUCGUGACCUAAUAAAUAAAAUCGUUGGGAAAAGUGUUUAGUUUCUCCAAUAUGUUGCGAAACAACUCGAAAAUCAAACGGGUCGUUAAAGUUUCGAAGUAAAAUUGUACUCACACGAAAAUGAAAAAAUUCACAUUCAAGGGAGUCCUUGAUGGUUUUCGACAAAGCGUGCAACCACAGGUUUUCCGACAAGAGCAGGAAAUACCGGAACAUUUAAAGGCGGAACAUUUUUCACUUAAAAGGACUUUUCGGCACGGAUUUCCCUACUCCCCAACUGCAUUCGCUUUUGACCCCGUGCAGAGACUUCUAGUGAUUGGAGAUAAAUCUGGGUUCAUUCGAAUACUUGGACGUCCAGGUGUAGAUGCUCAUGCGAAACACGAAGGCGAGUCGGAUUGUGCAGUAAUAUUUGUAGAAUUUCUGAUCAAUGAGGGUGCUUUUGUAACGGUUACAGCGGAUGACACAUUACACUUGUGGAGUAUACGACAGAAAACACCUCAAGUAGUUCAGAGUCUCAAAUUUCAAAGAGAGAGGGUAACAUGCCUUCACUUACCUGUUGGAAGCAAAUGGCUAUACGUUGGAACAGAAAGGGGCAAUAUACAUGUGGUACAUGUGGAAACAUUUAGCCUUAGUGGCUACAUAAUAAACUGGAACAAGGCUAUUGAAGUCUAAAGUUUCUAAGGAAGGCACACUAGAAAAAUGUAAACCUAUUUAUAAAGUUGAUUUAAAAACUUCUCAAAUAGGUGACACAUUUACAAUAUUUUCUGGUGGAAUGCCUACUGAGAAAAGUUCUAAAUCAAACUGUAUAACUGUUAUGGUGGGGAAAUCAACAACUGUCUUGGAAAUGGAACACGCUGUCGUAGACUUUAUUAUUCUUUGCGAGAAUCCUUGGUUAUGCGAAACCCAAGAGCCCUAUGCGAUAGCAGUACUUCUACAAUAUGACUUAGUUUUAAUAGACUUACUCACGCCCGGUUUUCCAUGUUUCGAAUCGCCUUAUCCCAUGGACUUACAUGAAUCACCUGUUACAUGUUGCACCUAUUUAACUGAUUGUCCUUCGGAUUUGGUUCCUGCUUUUUAUUCCGUUGGUCGCACCACAACUAGUAAGAAAACUGGUUUUUCUGAACGAGAGUGGCCAAUUAAUGGCGGGGAAUGGUUUCCCGCAUCGUGCAGUUAUUCGGAAAUCGUAAUCACAGGACAUCAAGAUGGCACAUUAAAAUUUUGGGAUUCGGGUGCAGGAACUCUGCAAAUCCUGUAUAAGUUGAAAACUGCAAAAGUUUUUGAAAAGCCGAAAAAUUCGCACUCAGAUAGUGGUAACGAUAAUCCACUUGCCAUACAGCAUAUAUAUCUAUGUUCCGAAUCACGUCGAUUAUGUGUAGCUGGCGCUGUGGGACAAGUUAUGUUGUUUAAAUUUCGAAAAGUUGAAUCAACGUCUGAGGUUUUGACAUUAGAGAUCCCCAUACUUUACGAAAAUUUCGACGAUAUUUAUGGUACGAGUCCAGAGUGUGAUUUUAUACCACAUCAAGUUCAAAAAACCGAAUCAAGUGAUUCUGAUAAGGCCGACUGUUUGUUGAAAGUUAAAAUAGGCUCACAACGAAAACCCCCCGGGUUUCAAUCUCAACUAGUUUGUCUGACUACUGGUCCAAACAGAAGAAAUGUCCAAGUCACAUCCUUAUGCAUUAACUCCAGUUAUGGACUUAUGGCAUAUGGAACUGAAUAUGGGCUUGUUGUUAUUGACAUUGUACAAAAAAUUUGUUUGUUGAGUGUGGCGUGCCCUGACCUGUAUGGCGCUAAUGAUCCUUACUCCAGAAAUCCUAAAAGUCCAAAGAAAAUUGAAAGUAAGGAAGAGCAAAGCCGGUCGCCUAGUUCAGAUCAGCUGAACGACACCACUAGUCCUGACAGCCCAUCCAUUGAAUUUAUUCCCGAAACAAAUGAGCCUUUUUCAUCUUACCAAAAUCAGUCAAAUUCAUCGCGACCUACAUCUCCGGAAAAUGAAGUUACAUCAACGAAUGUUGUGACAAAGAGUCCACUUCGCGAGGAAACCGUCGUAGCGCCAAAAGAACUGCAGGACAGAAGAAAGUCAAUGUCAUGGAAAACUUUUAACCUUAAACGUCAAUUAUCUAAAGUCAAUAUGAAAAUUGGAAUCAAUGUGAAUACAGAAAUCGAUUCUAUGAAAAACAAUUCAGUGUUUUACACGCAAAAAGAAUCAUCGCCCAUUGAAAGUAGUGGUGAAAAUGUAUCACCAAAAGACAAAAACAUUAGAAGUGAGAGUAAAGAUAAUUCCUAUGAUUUCGGCAGGGAACAUGAUUCCGAACCACGUGAUUGUGAAGGCCAACAAAUAAGUAGUUUUGCUACAAAAGGUAGUAUUAAUGCAAAUUCACAUUCAAACGAUGAUACGACAGAUGACGGUGAUAUUUUUGACAUUACAAAUGAAUUUCAAACAAGCAUGAAAAAAGUGGAGUUCGAAAAAGAGACAACUGAGGGUUCCCAAACUUCACGACCUAGUGAUUUGCCUCUUUCUGCAACAAGUGAUACCAAUCAGGGAGAUAAUGUGUGCGCUAAAACAGCGCGCCAAAAUUUUAAAGAAAAGCAAAGAGAUCAGCGUCUACUAUCUGUUCCGAAUAUUAAAUAUCAAACCAGAGAUAUUCGAGCAAGGACAAAUAAAAUUGACUCCUCGCCGUCUCUAAGCGGAAAUGUUUCAAAAAAGAUAUAUAAAUUGGACGGCUCAUUUUCCAGAUCCAGAUCAUCAUCUAUGUCGAGCAUUGAUAUGUCUUCCUCUGAAUCUGUUACUAGUUUAGCUUUUAUUGAAAGUUAUGGAAAGAAAAGUGAUAAUUUAACACUCGUUCCUACACUUUGGAUCGGAACUAGUUUUGGUUCUAUUUUGACUCUUCUGAUAUCUUUACCUGAGAGGGAAUCACGAAAAACGCAACCUGUGUUAGUGACAAUUAACGGAGGCCCACUGGUGCGAUUAAAGGGUUCAAUUACAUCAAUGUCAUUUUUAGACUCAUUUGGUUCCUUAAUUCCUUAUUCGUUUGAAGCUUGGCGUGAUGAUGGAAAAAAGGACCGAACCCCAACAAAAAGUAGUAGUAAAACGAGCCCAACUUUUACACCAACAACUGCCAACAUAAUAUCAAGUAUUCCGGGUGGAAAUAGCAGCAGCGGUAACGCCAGCAGUAGCGGUAUAAGUGGAAGCCUUAGCACUGGGCUAGAUUCUUUUACAGAUAGACAAUAUAUAGUAAUCACAAGUGAAAAGCAAACAAAAGUCUUCGAUAUUGCAAAUCAGAGUUGUAUUUAUCGCAUUAAUUUAUCAGAAAUGGAUUUUGCAGUCAAAGCGGAAACUAUUUCAAUGAAAGAUGGUUCUUGCUUGGCGACGUAUCUAUCCAAUGGACAUUUGAUGGUUCAUAGUCUUCCUAGUCUAAGAUUACUAAUGGAUACCGAUUUUUUACCCUUGAUGGAAUUAAGUUUUCAAACAAAGUGCAAGCAAGGAAUUGUGGAUCCAAUGCUGUCUAUUUGGGGUCAGCAAAUUAUUGUACACGAAGACACAACUCAAAUUUCAAAGAUAUUUUGCUUUAGUCACAAAGGGCAUGGAUUGUACAUGGCAACACCCACCGAAGUUCAGAAAUUCACAAUAUCAUCAGAAUUCUGUCAAUUUAUUUUGGAGAUGAUGGGUGAAUUAUACACGUCACAUGAAAUGCCUGAGCAACCAAAGGAGAGCUUUUUUAAAGGCUUAUUUGGAGGAGGAGCGAAAAGUUUGGAUAGAGAAGAACUUUUUGGCGAACAAAGUGGGAAAGCAAAUAGAUCAGUUGCCAAACAUAUACCUGGUCCAAAUUUGGAUCAAUUAGGACAGCGAGCUUCUACUGCAGCCUCUGAGAUAAGUAGAGCGCAUCAGUUGGCAAUGGAAAGAGGCGAGAAACUUAACUUACUGGAGGAGAGGGCGGAACGCAUGGCCAACACAGCUCAAGACUUCAGUGGAACAGCACAUCAAUUAAUGCUUAAAUAUAAAGAUAAAAAAUGGUAUCAGUUGUAAAAAUCUAUUUUAAGAUCUAAUUCUACCACAGUUAUUGUAAUAUUGCUUUUAUAACACUUUCUACUACAUCAAGUACACUUAUUUAAUUUCUGUUUUCAAAUAGUAAUGUUAUUUAUAAACUGUUUUUAAUAAAAAUUUAGACAAA